CUGUGGGUUACGUCUCAACUGCUGAUCUGUAGGUUCUUUUUUUUUUUUCAGAUCACUUUCUACUAAAGCUGCAUUUUUUAACUAAAGAAGGAAAUUUGAAUCUUUUCAAUUUCAAAAUAGCAUUGUACAUAUCCUUCACUUUCCAUCCAUAUAAAAUCUCUGGUGUGUUAUUCCUCCUUUUAAAUAAAAAUAACACUUGAUGAAUGGAAGGCGACACCUUAAUUGUAGGGAAUUCUACUACACCGCAGGUAUUACCGAAUUAACUAUCAGUAUACCGACUAUUGGUGUAGAGAAAUAUAGUACUGUGGUCCGUUUUAUGGCCUUGUGUCAUGUCCGCUGUAUAUCGUCACAAUCACUUUGGCUGUUACCUGAAAGGGACAAAAGAGGUGAGCCCAUGUCUUUUAGAAUUUGAUUGUUGUCCAGCGACUUCCAGAAUAUUAAUUUCUUUAUCAUUUUUCACAUUUUAUGAAUACGUUGGAGCUAACGUUUGGUCGUCUGUUCAGAUACGAACAUCUUCUGAGUGGCUAGUUGACAUACCCUCGGCAGGUCCUCGGAAUUUGUUGUCAUCGAACGCAUGUCUUUUGACAAUUAUGAGGAAACGGCAUCGGUGUGAAAAUCAUUUCUCGGAUUUUUGAUUGAUAAACAGGUGCCUAUGUCUUGAAUACUGAAAAAAGGUGGAUACAACAGAGGAAGCCGAUAUGAAAUUCGUAGUUUUCUUUUUCACGCUCAUCAUUAUUGCAGAAGUAUGUGGACAAAUUCCGGGACAGUCCCCCGCGGACUUUCUAACAGCAAACCGAAUCGACACCAUUACUACCAGAACAGUUGUUGAUCAGCAGCUGCCCGUUCAGUUGCCCGUAAAUACUGCCGUCUCCCUGGAUCCAGGGCGCCCUCUUCAGGUCGGCCCUGAUGGACAAUGUCCCACGUUCCUGUCCCGUUAUGAGGGAGAAGUUCUUGUCAUUAAUCUUGUACCGGGUGCUUGUGAUAUGUUGAUAUUUGUUCAAGACCAAACACAUUUGUUUCCAGGAGCAGCGGAGAUUCUCAUGAAUACAGGUGCAGGACGAAUUAUGUUGCCAAUGGUAACUUUCCGUGGUAACAGUUCUACUAACAGUAUAGCCACGGGUUGUCCCAUGAUUCCACUACGGUACCUUGGACCAAGGGUUGUUCUGGACACCGUACCAGGCCGCUGCCAAAUAGUUUUGGGAAUUCGAUCCUUUCCAAUUCUGCCACAGCUGGAUAUUCCCGGGCUUGACAACCAGCUUCAAAGGGAACCAAGGUGGGUGACGAGAGCCGUGUUCGAAAGGACAAGUGGAGUUCUUUAAAUUGAAUGUUUGUAAGGGUGAAAAUUCCAUCAAUAAAAUUAUACACAUA